AUGGGGAGAAUUGAGAAGUCGCCGGGCCUUAAGCAUGAGCCUACCAAAUCUACGGCACUGCGGCGCUUCGCCGAAUUAGCUCUUGAAGUUUCGGUCCCAGAGCUUCCGUCACAUCUGUCCACAUUCCCUCGCAGAUGGCCGUUUCCCAGAGGUGAUCUCUAUAAUUGGAUUCUCGUUUUGAAUCGGUUUGACUCUAUACUGGCUCAAUUUAUCAGUACAUAUGAGCUGGAAUCCGGCCCACAAUCGAGACCCUUUGGCCGCCUGCUGCUAGUUGGCGAAUUGCAUAUUCGCCAUCUUUUUUACUCAAAGGAAGAUUGUGAAACAAAACUAGACGGGCUUGGCUUUGGCAGUGAGGGCGAUAGAGAAUUGGUGGAAUCGAUAUUAGAUUUCUCGCGACUGCUUUUGGAAAAGUGCGGCAACCGAAGCUUGUUCAAUAGUAGUGAGAGAUUGAACGCCUUGUUAAACACAUCCUCACUUUCCUUACUUCAAUGUACUCUACGAAUUGGUGUGUGCCUAGCUCAGCGGUACUACUCGAGACGUCGAACGACGAAUAGUUCGCAUUUCCACCAGACCCUUUUAGCGACACAUUACAAUAUUGAACUUGACCGUGUCCAGAAACUCGCCGCGCCGUUUCCUCGCCCGCCGUCACCAAAGAAACAGCAAGAUGCGUCAGGGACCGUUAAGGGAAAGGAAAAGGCACAGCCGCGCACGACGUCUUCCGGCAAUUGUAACGCUAAUAACCUAAUCAGUUUGACCAAAACGGACACGGCCAAAGCUGUUGAGACCGACAUCCUACUUGACAAUGGAGUUGGCACAAGUGAUUGGGAAGACUGGGGCAACGUUCGAUUGUCUUACUACGCUCGAGACACAGAGUCAUCCAACGACUUUUCUGGAGUGGGAACGAGCCGCAACCAAUUCUCUCACGUUCCAACGACUCCAACUCCUGUUCGCCGACAUUCUGGACAUUCCAGUUCAAGGCUUGGCCGCGAUUCUACAGUCGAUGAUUCGCCCUCUGUUGCAACACCACCGUCGACGGUCAAGUCUGAUGAGGCCGGCCAAGGAAUGACCGUGUUGGAGAUAACAAGCUCUGAGAUAUUAUCCCGCGGUAUAGAAGAUGUCGUGAAGGAACAUAUCGCAGGCGUCCCAAAAGAGUCUAGAUAUGAACUGCUGCACAGAGUGCGUACCGCGUAUGCUCUCGCAAAAUCCUUUGAAACGAGACAGCAGCAGCUUGCGAUCAGAGUUCUUGCACUCACCAAUCUCGCCUACGUCUACCCCGAAACACUGUUUCAGCAAAAAAUUCUCUCUCAAGAUUCGGAUGAAUCAAAACGGCUUCAGAUUGCCUACCAACUUGCAGAGUUUGUUCACCUUGGUGUGGCUGGUGACAUCGAAGCACCUGUUCUUAACCAGACUUACGCGCUUGGCUGCCUUGACGCACUAGCGAGACACAAAUCCAAAGCUGCAGAUGUCUGUGCUGCGCUUAAUGUCAAUGUAAACCACGGAAUUUUAAUGUUCAUCAUUCGAAAGACUGUUGCAGAUCUCGCUACUCCCGAUGACAACGAUGACUUGGAGAACGAUGACUGGCGUGACGCGCUAUUUUCCCUUCUUCGUACACUCCCUAAUUCCGGAUCGAGAACACCUGAAACUCUUGUCUCGGCGGGAUUGAUUCCGAUGCUAGUUGAUAUUUUAAAUCUCCGAACACAGAAGCCUCGCAGGGUUUAUCCUCGCGUCAUGGAAUUUCUCGACACCUAUGUUCAUCCAAUCCGGGAUGCUUUAGCAACCUUGGCUUCGGCGCGCGGAUUUGAUGCGUUAUCUGGCCUGAUAUCUUCGGAAGCAAAAUCCGCUUUCGACCUUGUCAAGGAGAACAAAGGAAUACCGGAGGAGCAUAAGACUGCGUUUACCGAUUAUCAAAUACCAUACUUUCACCAGCAGUCUUUACGGUGGCUUUUCAAGUUCGUUAACCAUGUUAUGCAACAUAGCACUGGUGGAUUUGAACGCUUGCUGCGGAACCUCAUUGAUUCUCCUCCUUUGCUAAGUGCCCUUCGUCUGGUUCUCGAAAAUGCUAGGGUAUUCGGGUCGCACGUAUGGAGCGGCGCGGUGAAUGUGAUGAGUCAUUUCAUUCACAAUGAACCAACUAGCUAUGCAGUUAUUGCUGAAGCUGGGUUGAGCCAGUCUUUCCUAGAGGCAGUUAUGGCGGCUCCUAUUGUCAAUGCUCCUUCUGAUACAAACGGCUCAUCCUCGAAUUUGUUUAUCCCUUCUGAUACGGAUGCGGACCCGAAAAACCUUAUUGCGCAGCUCACUGCUUCAAGCGAACACAAAGGAUCUGACGGCAUUCUGCCUUCUUCGGAGGCUAUCAUAUGCAUCCCUCUGGCAUUUGGAGCAAUUUGCUUGAACUCUACUGGCUUAGAGCUCUUCGAAUCAUCGGACGCAUUAGACCGAUUUUUCGACAUAUUCGAAAGCCCUGAGCAUGUGAGAUGCAUGAAGAACGAUCCUAAUCUGCUUCGUGCUCUAGGUAACUCCUUCGACGAACUGAUAAGGCAUCACCCUCGUUUGAAGAAGGCUGUUACAAGUGCGAUAGUACGCAUGGUUGCUCGUGUGCGAAUUCUUACGUCUUAUAAGGCCUGGGAACACGGACUAGGAGCAAAGUUAGUCGUUCAGAAUGAAGACCAGAAGGCUUCCGUCAUUGGCGGCCCGGCCUCUGCGGUUACAGAGAUCGGAGCGCCAUUUACUCAAGAUCUAGAAUCGCUAGAAAACUUGCCAGUAUCUAGUCUUGGCGAAGGAAUAUCCUCCGCAGACGAUCUACCUGCACAUCGCUACUCAGACAUAUUUGGAAAGCCAGAUAUCGAUAAAUGGAACCUAAGGGAAGAUAACGACAGCCACGGACUCAAUGCUGUCAAUUAUAUAUAUCCAGUCCUUAGAUUUCUGGCGGCCUUCUUUGAGAACCAAAAUAUGUGCUCUAGCUUCGUUGAGUUCGGGGGUGUAGAAUAUGUUCUCGAUUUUGCGACUCUCCCAAGCGCCCCGCAUAAUUUCCACUCUUCUGAUGUCAGCCGUCACCUAUCUCAAGUUAUCAAAGUAAUGGCCGAGACGAAACCUCACCUUGUUCUACCUUCAAUAGUCAACCGAACACAAAAGGUGCUUGACAGACUCAGUCCUUUCUUUGAAACAUGGCAUUCGAGUGGUUUCUUCACUCCUAUAGCUUGUUCGACGGCUUCUUCGGAAUCGGAUGUCCAUCAGUUAAAGUUACAAGGCACGUAUUAUGUGAAACAUCUUGUCGGUGUUCUCACACUCACCGACAUCCUUCGCGAAAUCUAUGGUCCGCCGUUGUAUCCUGUCAGACCUAGCCAACAACUCUCUCCGUUCGUCCAGACCAAUUUGGCCGACAAGUAUGCUAGGCUUGUUCAGUGUCUGGGUAGUCUACAAGCGGCUUGCGUUUGGGAGGAAAUACUGCUGCAAAAGAAUGAACCACCUGAAUGGAAAGAGCUUUUCAAAACGAACCAAUUCGCUAGUUUUGGCGAUGGUAGUCACCGCGAACCGUUUCCUACGCCACAAGGCAUAUCUUCGAGUACCGAGACAGAUUCGGUGGCCCAAAAGGAAGCGUUGAAGAAGGCUGAGGAUUCUAAUUGGGCGGCAUUCCAGAAUAACGAGGUUCUUCGCUACUUAGCCACAACCCUACCACUAUCGAUCACGACUUUCCAUCAUGUUUUGGGCCACGGACUGACAAGCAAGCGGCGUAUGGAUACUUAUCAGCGCCAGAAAGCUACGAAAGUUGCCGAAUCUAUGGCUUUGACAGUCGUUGAGCAGUUACAACAAGCUUGCGACUCUGAUCCAAAAGAUCGUUUCGCAUAUUUAAUUGUUAUCUUGUCAGCAUUUUCUCAAUUGUUGUUUGAAACGAGUGAUCGCCCACAUUCGCACUGCUUGACUAUCGUUCUCAACGCUUUCAAGAAAAUAGCGGGUAUACGGACGUUGAACGAUCUGGCUGAGCUUUUCCUGGACGAUAUCAAAACAUUGACACGCCAGGCUAGAGAGGAUUCUUCUCCCGAAGUAGCGAAACGGCUGGCAUCGGUUGGCGGCUGUAUUAAACUCAUUUUGACUUUCUUCUCCGAAACGACGUCAGCACGAUACAUCAUUGAUUCUACUCAGACACAAGCCAUGGCAACUGAGCAACAUAGAGACCGUCCGGACUCUUUCAUUCCAGCUCAAUUUCUGGUGGAGCUGCGUAUGGAAGCGCUGCCAUUAGUUCGAAAGAUGUGGGAUUCAGAUUUCAUCGACGAUGCGUCUAGCUCGAUGGUUAAAUCUUUGAUCGAGAUUCUGCGGUCUGUACUAGAAGAGGAGUAUUGUGUUGCACACAAAGGCUUCAGACCUCCGCCAAGGCUGCCAGUACCUUCUUCCGAUAUUGAAUUGACGUCCCGUGUCAAUAACACCUCCCAGGUUGAAGGCCUAUUUCAACCGCAUCAAAGCCCGGAUGGUUUGUUUAACCGAGCUUUUGGAGGUUCUAUUGAAGCUCUCCUCGAUGAAAUCCAGGGUGCACCACUUGACCCAACCUCAACUGCGGGCCAACCCGGUGAUACUACCAGUUCAGAAAGUACCUUGGAGGAUCAAGAUACAGCAAACAGCACAGCACUGCCGACCACGAGAAGGACAUCCACACCAAAGCGACGAGACGUCAUAACCGUUGAAGAUUUAGAUCAAGAACGCGAUAAUAUCCGUUCCAAUCUGAUUGAGAGAUGCCUAGAAGUUCUCAAUCUCCACCACAAUGUCACAUUCGAACUUGCGGACCUAAUAAAUGCUGCUACGAAAUCCCGCGAUACCACCACGUUUUGUAAAGAAAUUGGAGAAACGCUGAUACAUUCAUUAAUUUCCUUACAAAUGGACGAAAAUUUCCAGUCGGGUGGAAAGAAGAUAGCAGCCUAUGCUAAUCUGCUAGCUUUGGUUCUCCAAGAGAAAAAAAGGAUAUUAUCCGACGAUGAACAACCUGAGCAGAUUACGUGGCCAACCUCGAGUUUGGAAGAUGGCUCAGACUCCCCAGCUGAGCUCAAGGAACCGAUCAUUCCUAUUGAGGCAAAACUGCAGCUUUUCGAAGCCGUUGUAGAGAUUUUACCUCGAAUUGGGAAAGACGAUUCCCUCGCCUUGUCUGUUUGCCGAAUUUUUGUGAUUCUAACCCGACAUCGCAGCAUUGCAGAGCGAUUGGGAGAAAAGAAAAACCUCCAGCGGUUAUUCGUCAUGAUUAAGCAGCUUGCCGACUCCUCUAACGAUAAGUUACAGAGUAACUUUAUGUUAAUCCUGCGUCAUAUUAUUGAAGAUGAUGACACCGUUCGUCAAAUCAUGCGCAACGAGCUUGUAGCAAGCUUUGACUCUAGAUCUCCUCGCCAAACAGACACAACCGGGUACCUCCGACAGUUUUACCAUCUAGCUUUAAGAUCUCCAAAACUAUUCAUCGAGGUCACUAAUGAGAAGUUGAAACUUCAAAGAUAUGACUCUCAACAGAGACCGCAAGUCCUCAUAUUAAAACCGGAGAAAGAGGAGAAAGGAUCGGAAUCACAGGAGGGUACUUCUGGCGAGGUGAAUCAGGAAGACAAGAAGCCGGAGGCUCCUGAAAAACCAAAUCAGGAACCGAGCCAGCCAGAAGGAAGUGAUACCAAAGCGAAGCCGAAACCUGAGCUCAAGCCACCAAUCGUGGAGCACCCAGAUGGCGUGAUUCACUACCUCCUUUCUGAAUUGCUUUCGUACCGAGAUGUUGAGGAUAAGGAAGUUACCGCGAACACGUCCGAGAACGAUGGUCGCCAAUCAGAAGAUGUCGAGAUGGCUAUGGGAGAUGCAUCUUCUACCUCGUCGACGCCUGCUCUACGAGACCCAGCAUCUAAAAAGGAAAAGCCACAUUUCAAGGCGGAGGAGCAUCCUAUCUAUAUUUAUCGGUGCUUCCUUUUACAGUGUCUAACCGAACUUCUUUCCGCGUACAACCGUACAAAGGUAGAAUUCAUUAACUUCUCACGGAAGGCUGAUCCUCUUGCAACCACGCCGUCUAAGCCUCGUUCUGGCAUCCUCAAUUACUUACUUCAAUCUUUGAUUCCUAUUGGGACACUUGAACACGAUGAAUCCAUGCCGUUUAAAAAGAGGGUUAACACAUCACACUGGGCAAUGCGCGUAAUCGUCGCGUUAUGCUCCAAAACUAGCGAAUUUGGUGGGUCAAAACGACGCCCUACGCUUGAUGAAGGAGACGAGACAGAUUUGAUGUUCGUCCGGAGAUUCGUUCUCGAACAUAGUUUAAAAUCUUACAAGGAGGCAAAUUCAUCCCAAGAGCCGCUUGACGCUAAAUACGCCCGACUCAUGUGUCUGGCUGACCUUUUCGAUAAGAUGUUGAGUGGAGCGACAAAUCCGGAUGGCUCAGCGCAUUAUCCAUCAUCUACUCGUUAUGUUGCGAAGAUGAUGUUUGAAAAGAAUUUCAUCUCUGCCUUCACGGCUUCGAUUGCGGAUAUAGACUUGAACUUCCCAUCUUCUAAGAGAGCAGUCAAAUAUAUCCUUCGCCCGCUAAAUAAACUUACCCAGACUGCGGUUUUGCUGAGCGAGACGGCUUCAAUUACCGGCCUUAGUACUCCUGGGCAAGCCGAUGAAGAUGAAAUCUCAUCCGCGACUUCCGUAUCAGAUAUUGAAGAGGACAGAGAGGAGACCCCAGAUCUUUUCCGACACUCUACUCUUGGAAUGUUCGAACCGGACCACGAGGAAGAGACGCCCAGUGAAGGGGAAGAAGACGACGACGAAAUGUUCGACGAUGAUGAGUAUGAUGAAGAAAUGGACUAUGAAGAAGAUAUGCCCGAGAAUGACGGUGAAGUCGUCAGCGAUGAAGAUAUUGAUGAGCGUGGUCCAAUUGAGGGUUUGCCAGGUGAUACCCCGAUGGAUAUUGAAGUCCUUAUCGAAAGUGAUGAAGAUGAGGAUGAGGAUGAUGACGACGAUGAUGAGGAUGAAAGUGAAGACGAUUCUGACUUGGAUGACGAGAUAAUUGCUGGCGAAAUCACCGGGGAUCAUGACAAUGACAGUCUUCACGAAGGCGACGAUGAUGAAUGGGAAAGCGAAGAUAUGUCGGACGAGGAUGAUGUUGAUGUCCAGACAAUGGAACAGCUAGAGGAAGAUUUGGAUGAUCUCGCUCGUAGAGACCAUCAUAUUGGGUCACCGAAUUUUGAUGAAUUUUUACGGGUUCUUGAAGGCGCCGGGGGAGCAGUUCAGCGCAUAGAGGGUGACCUUGGGUUGCGGGCAAAUCUACGCGAUAAUAUGAUGGACAACGACGAGAUAAAUGAGGAAGAGGGUAAGCGUGUUUCGAACAAUACAUUAGGGCUCCUUACUCAUUUUACUAUAGAUGAAGACGAUGAGAUGGACGAGUUAGAAGAUGACGUAGAUGUUGAUGAGUACGAUGAUCAUGGCUACCAUGGAUUUGACGAUGACGACGAUGCGGAUAUGUCGAACUCGCCGUGGGCCUGGGUAGAUGAUCUUGCUCAUCCUCGCGCUCAACGGACGCCUUGGAACAUUUUCUCUACCGGGAGUGGAAGUCGUCACGGCGGUAUUCAUGUUCCUGGCUACCGAACUCAUCGAACUCAAAUCACAGCUCCCAGAACUGAUGAUGGAACUAAUCCGCUUCUACGCCGCCGUGAUCGACAAGCAGAACAGCCUCCCAGCACCGAUGCCUUCAGUGACUGGGUGCAUGCGAUUGACCCCAGCAGCCAGGGCAGAUUUCUCGCCGUUGAUAGCCCCGUUAGUUUUAUGAAUGCAAUCUUACAGGUGAUCGGGCAAGGAGGCCCAGGAUUCGGCGUCGUCACUCGACCUGAUGGGUUCCAUCUUCAUAUCGAUCGCGACGCCACCUUACCGUCGCGGCUUCAGGAUCUUCUCGGUUUAAGUAGGCCCCAUACAGUUACCACACGCCCUCGUGACGACCCGACGCAGGCUGCGACAUUCACAGUGUCAAGCACUACUACUCGCUGGCAAGAAGAGGCUCGUAUCUUGUUUGGGACCAGCUAUGUGGAUAAGUCGCUCCGGAUUUUGAAUUCCAUUCUCAAGCUUCUGGUUCCUCCCGCAAUUGAAGAAUCAAAACGUCUACAGAAGAAGCUUGAGGAAGAAAUGAAACGGCGCGAUGAGGAACGAAAAGAAAAAGAACGGCAAGAACAGAUUGCGAAGGAGGAAGCUGAAAAAGAGCGCAAACGCAAAGAGGAGGAGGAAGAAGUUGAAAGACAACGGCAAGAAGCAGAACGUACAGCAGAAGAGAGUACUCGACAGGCUGCUGGUGAACCCAUGGAUGACGUUCAGCCAACCGAACCAAGCGCAGAAGCGCAACAGCCACCAGCUGAAGCUCCCACUUCUGGUCCAUCUGAAGAUACUCCCCGUGUGCACACUACAAUCCGCGGGCGCCAACUUGAUAUUACAGGGAUGGGUAUUGAUCCGGAAUUCCUCGACGCGAUCCCUGAGGAAUUCCGUGAAGAGGUUGUCAUGCAACAACUAGCAGAGCAGAGGUCACAUGCCGCUGCUGCUGGAGAAGAACCCAGUGAAAUUAAUCCUGAAUUCCUUGAAGCAUUACCUGCAGAAAUCCGCGAAGAACUCUUACAGCAAGAAGCAGCUGAUCGCCGCCGUCGUGAACGAGAUCUUGCCCGGCGACAAGCAGCUACCAGCGGUACUCCACACGCCGAAGAUAUGGACCCGGCAAGUUUUAUUGCUACACUCGAUCCUUCUCUUCGACAAACCGUCUUAGCCGACCAGCCCGAGGAGGUUUUGGCAGCACUUGGUCCAGAGUUCGUAACUGAAGCUCGUGCUCUCACCGGUAGACGCUUGACACAAUUUGACAUCGGUAGAUUAGACUCUCAGUCUCGGGCCGAGACUUCGAACGAAGGGGAAGCUUCCAAGAAACCACAACGCCGUCAAAUUGUCCAGAUGCUCGACAAAGCUGGGGUUGCUACACUUUUGCGACUUAUGUUUAUGCCGUUACAAGGCAAUGCGCGGCAUCAUCUGAAUGACAUCCUUCACAACGUUUGCCAAAAUCGUCAAAAUAGAACCGAGGUUCUUAGUUUGCUUCUCUUGAUCUUGCAAGAUGGCAGUGCAGAUGUAUCCGCCGUUGAACGCAGCUUCGCCCACUUGUCACUCAGGGCCAGGACACCUACAGCUCAGAAGACUCCUCAAAUCAAACGUACCAUCCCUUUGCCUACGCCUGGCGCAAACGGUGACGUUACUCCGCUUGUAGUGAUCCAACAAUGCCUUGGUGCGCUGUCCUUCCUUACUCAAUACAAUCCUCACAUCGCUUGGUUCUUCCUCACGGAACACGACUCGCAUACAGCGCUCAAAUUCAAAUCAUUCCGCAAAGGCAAGCUCAAGGAAAAUAGAGCAAGUAAAUAUGCUUUGAACUCCUUAUUGUCGCUACUCGACCGCAAAGCGAUCCUCGACAGUCCAAAUUGUAUGGAGCAGCUCUCUGAAUUGUUGAGCAGUAUCACCCAGCCAUUGACCAUCCUCCUCAGAAAAGAGAAAGAGAGGCAGGAAGAAGAAGAGGCUAAAAAGAAAGCAGCCGAGGCCGCUAAAGAGAAAGCAAAGGAGGAGAAUGCUGAACCAGCGGCAGAAAGUGCUGCUCAAGGUGACACGACAAUGACUGAUGCUGGUCCUGUUGCAACCGAGGAAAAGCCUGAAGAAACCGAAAAGCCUUCCGAUGAGAGUCAGACAGACUCGAAACAGAAGAAAGCGCGUGUUAUCGAACCCCCGGUGGUACCAGAGCAUAACCUUCGCCUUGUGGUCCAUAUACUUGCUGCGCGUGAAUGCAAUGGGAAAAUCUUUAGAGAAACAUUGUCGACUAUCAACAACUUAUCGUCUGUCCCUGGAGCCAAGGAAAUUAUUGGCAAGGAGCUAGUACAACAAGCUCAAACCUUGAGUAAAUCGAUUUUGGUCGAUCUCAACGAGCUCCUCCCUCACAUUGUUAGUGCUAAAACUGGGACGGACGUUCAGGGCAUGGCUUUGUCAAAGUUUUCCCCAGCAAGUUCAGACCAGGCUAAACUUCUUCGUGUGCUUACUGCCCUCGACUACAUAUUCGACCCGGCCAGAAAUGACAAAGACAAGGGAGUCGAUUCUAACUCCGCAGAGAAGGAAAAUGUCCUGAAAAAUCUCUAUGAAAGUGCCAGCUUCGCGCCGCUGUGGAACAAAUUGAGUGAAUGUUUCACCACUAUCCGUCAGAAAGAGAGCAUGCUAAACGUAGCAACGACCCUACUCCCGCUCAUCGAGUCGCUUAUGGUUGUCUGCAAAAAUACUACGUUGAGGGACCUUCCGCUUUCUAGACAUGGGCGAGAAUUCUCUGUCUCAAGUCCACCACCUGACGCGGGAAUGGAGGGCUUGUUCUUUACAUUUACCGAGGAGCAUCGGAAAGUUCUCAACGAGCUUGUUCGUCAGAACCCGCGACUUAUGAGUGGUACAUUCUCGCUUCUUGUCAAGAACCCGAAGGUUCUAGAGUUUGACAACAAGCGUAAUUACUUCAAUCGUCGUAUUCAUUCCCGUGGAUCCGAAGCCCGACAUCCUCAUCCACCACUCCAGCUCUCCGUUCGCAGAGACCAAGUUUUCCUUGAUUCAUUCAAAUCGUUGUACUUCAAAAGUGCGGACGAAAUGAAAUACGGCAAGCUUAACAUUCGUUUCCACGGUGAAGAGGGUGUUGACGCGGGAGGUGUAACCCGGGAGUGGUUCCAAGUCCUAGCUCGUGGAAUGUUCAAUCCCAACUACGCUCUGUUCAUUCCCGUUGCGUCUGAUCGGACGACCUUCCAUCCAAAUCGACUUAGCGGAGUUAACCAGGAGCACUUGAUGUUCUUUAAAUUCGUUGGAAGAAUAAUCGGCAAAGCCCUGUACGAAGGCCGUGUUCUCGAUUGCCAUUUUAGCCGUGCAGUGUACAAGCGUAUCCUUGGCAAAACGGUGUCGAUCAAAGACAUGGAAACUCUUGACUUGGACUAUUAUAAAUCGCUGCUCUGGAUGUUGGAAAACGACAUUACCGAUAUCCUCACCGAAAACUUUUCGGUCGAAGUUGAAGACUUUGGCGAAAAGCAAGUUAUUGAUUUGAUUGAAAAUGGACGCAACAUUCCCGUCACCCAAGAGAAUAAAGAAGAAUACGUUCAACUCGUCGUUGAGCACCGAUUGGUUGGAUCUGUCAAGGAGCAACUGGACAAUUUCCUGAAAGGCUUCCACGAUAUCAUUCCUGCUGAUCUGAUUUCUAUCUUCAACGAACAAGAGCUAGAGCUGCUGAUUUCUGGAUUGCCUGAGAUCGAUGUUGAUGACUGGAAAAACAACACAGAAUACCAAAACUACUCAGCUUCUUCCCCGCAAAUCCAGUGGUUUUGGCGUGCUGUUCGCUCAUUCGACAAGGAAGAGCGAGCUAAAUUGCUUCAGUUUGUCACCGGCACCAGCAAAGUUCCGCUCAACGGGUUCCGAGAACUUGAAGGCAUGAACGGAUUCAGCAAAUUCAACAUCCACAGAGACUAUGGCAAUAAAGAUAGAUUACCAAGCUCUCAUACUUGUUUCAACCAGCUUGAUCUGCCAGAAUAUGACAGUUACGAGACUCUCCGUCAGCGUCUGUACGUAGCGAUGACAGCUGGCAGCGAGUAUUUUGGGUUCGCAUAA